AUAGGCAGUAUCCUGCUCUCAAUGAACCCAUACAAGAUGCUGAAUAUGUAUGGGACAGACCAUGUGCUCAAGUAUGAGGGGAAGACCCUAGGAGAGAAUCCACCACACCUUUUUGCUAUUGCGAAUGUUGCGUACACCAAACUCAUGGAUGCCAAAAACAACCAGUGUAUUAUCAUCAGUGGGGAAAGUGGUUCUGGCAAAACAGAAGCCACAAAGCUGGUUUUGAGAUACCUGGUAGCAGUAAACCAGAGGCGAGGUGUAACCAAUAAGAUAGAGAUUCUAGAAGCCACCCCUCUACUGGAAGCUUUCGGAAAUGCCAAAACCGUCCGGAACGAUAACUCCAGCAGAUUCGGGAAAUUCAUAGAGAUCUAUCUUGAGGAGGGAGUGAUUUGUGGUGCCAUAACUUCACAGUACCUGCUUGAAAAGUCCAGAAUCGUAUUUCAGGCCAAAAACGAGAGGAAUUAUCACAUAUUUUACGAAAUGCUGGCUGGACUCCCCUCUCAGCAGAAGCAGAUGUUUUACCUACAGGAUGCCGAGACGUAUUACUACCUGAAUCAGGGCGGCAACUGUGACAUUCCCGCAAAGAGCGACGCGGAUGAUUUUCGGAGACUCCUCAAUGCCAUGGAAUCUCUCAGCUUCACUGGGGAGGACCAGGACAGCAUCUUCCGAAUCCUUUCUUCCAUCUUGCACCUGGGCAAUGUCUACUUUGAGAAAUACGAGACAGAGUCCCAAGAGAUUGCAUCGGUGGUGAGUGCGAGUGAGAUCCGUGUGGUGUCUGAGCUGCUGCAAAUCUCCCCUGAGGGGCUCCAGAAAGCCAUCACCUACAAAGUGACUGAAACCAUGAGAGAGAAAAUCUUAACUCCGCUGACGGUGGACAGUGCUGUUGAUUCCAGAGAUGCUAUUGCCAAGAUUUUAUACUCGCUGUUGUUCAGCUGGCUCACAGAUAGGAUCAACAAGCUGGUGUAUCCCAAGCAGGAUGCAUUAUCCAUUGCUAUACUAGAUAUAUACGGGUUUGAGGAUCUCAGUUUUAAUAGCUUUGAGCAGCUGUGCAUUAAUUAUGCAAAUGAAUACCUGCAAUUCUUCUUCAACAAGAUUAUAUUCAAGGAGGAACAGGAGGAGUACAUACGUGAGCAGAUCGACUGGAGGGAAAUUUCUUUCAAUGACAAUCAAGCCUGUAUAGACAUUAUUUCCCAGAAGCCCCAUGGAAUUCUCAGGAUACUGGAUGAUCAAAGCUGCUUUCCACAGGCCACAGAUCACACUUUUCUACAGAAGUGCCAUUACCACCACGGCACCAAUGAUUUGUACUGUAAGCCAAAGAUGCCUUUACCUGAGUUUGGAAUCAAGCACUUUGCUGGAAAAGUAACUUACCAGGUUCACAAGUUUUUGGACAAAAAUUAUGACCAGGUUAGACAAGAUGUCCUGGAUCUUUUUGUCAACAGCAGAAUUAAGGUGGUUGCCAACUUGUUCUUUAGCCAUGCCCAGGUACUGGCCCAGCAGAAAACCAUGAUGGGGAAGAGCAACACAGUCACCCGGAAGUACAAGGCCUCCACCGUGGCUGCGAAGUUCCAACAAUCCCUCCUAGAGCUUGUGGAAAAGAUGGAGAGGUGUAACCCAUUUUUUGUGAGAUGUAUCAAACCCAACAGCAGGAAGGAACCAAAUCUGUUUGAACCAGACAUUGUUACCAGUCAGCUCAAGUACUCUGGCAUUUUAGAGACCAUUCGAAUUCGUAAGGAGGGUUUUCCUGUGCGGAUACCUUUCUCCUUUUUUCUGAGCAGGUACCGUUGUGUCAUGGAUCUUGGGCCGAAUGUCCGUGUAGAUGGACAGAUAUGUGUCACUGUUCUAAAGAAGCUCUGCCCAUCGGCUACUCCCUCCAUGUACUGCAUUGGUGUGAGCAAGCUGUUCAUUAAGGAGAAUGUCUACCAGCUGCUGGAGAGCAAACGGGAUCAGCUCAUGAACAGAGCGGCAGUCACUCUACAGCGCUACAGUCGUGGUUACCUGACCCGAAAACGCUUCUACACCCUGAGAUACAGGAUCAUCCAGCUACAGGCUCUUGCCCGGGGUUAUUUGGCAAGGAGGAAAUUUUACAACUGGAGGAAGAUAAUGAUGAAGUUUAGGGCAGUGGUCCGCAUUUAUGUGAACCGGAGGAAGUACCUGAGGAUGAAGGCAGAGGCUCGCAGGAUAGCGGAAGAAGAACGCAAGAAAGCGGAGCAGGAGCUCACUAAGAGAGAAGUGGUGAAUGUGACCCACCUGGAACUCCCGGCAGAACUGGCAGGGCUACUGCGCUCUACAGCUACGAAAUACCUCACAUUGGACUUUGUCCUGCCCGUUCAAAGCCCCCGGGUAGAGGCUGAUACCCAACUAACCCUGCCCCUGGACAUCAACAACUACCUUAUGUUUAAAUAUGUGCGGGUUUUCUUUAAGGAGCCAUUAUUUGGGAUGCUAACAGUGCCACUUGGGUCCUCUCUGCUUCCAGUGGAGGAUGAUCUGCGACAGUAUGCUAUCUCUUCAUUUAAACUGAUAUUGAGGUUCAUGGGUGAUCCCUUUCUCGGAGGAACCCAGGAGAUAUUGUUCGGGAAUUACAUAGUCCAGAAAGGCCUCUCAAAUAUUGGGUUAAGGGACGAGAUCCUGGCUCAGAUCGCCAAUCAAGUGUGGAGAAACACCAACCCAAACAAUGAAGAGCGUGGCUGGUACCUUCUGGCCUGUUGUCUAAGCACCUUCGCUCCAUCCACAAACCUGGACAAGUAUCUUCUCAAGUAUGUUUCUGAUUAUGCGUACAAUGGAUAUAAACCUGUCUGCCAGCAUAAACUCAUCCAGGCAAUACAGAAGUCCCAGCAAGGCUCUGAAACAGCCAGGAAUUUCCCUCCAAGCCUAUUGGAGUGGACAGCCAGCCGGGAGCGAGCAAAUAUGGCAAUGGACGUCCAUUGCUUUGACAGUGUGAAAAUCUCUUGUCCUAUUCAUUCUUGGACUGAUGGAGAGGAGAUAGCUGGUGACGUACUCAGGCACAGGGGUGUGACUGAAGGCUACAGGGGUUGGUCAGUGUCCCUAAAAGAAGGAGGACAAUGGACCGAACUCGCUGGCCAAGAUUAUGUCUUGGAUUUAAUCUGUAAUAUGGAACUGCCAAAAGGGUUCCCCAAACAGAAGUCUUAUUUCAUCACAGCGUCAGAAGCCCAUGAGAACAGCAGCCACCCCAGUGCAGUAUUUGGGAACAGAGGAGAAGCUGGGGAAACAGUUCCACCACCACCUACAACAAAGGCUCCCUCUUUACCACGUCAAGAUUCUGAAGGUUAUCACAACAAUGCAGAUUCGGACUCUGUCAGUGAACCUCAGUCCCAGAAGGGAAUGGAUCACUACCUCGACAGUCUGUUUGAUCCUGUUUUAUCCUAUGGCAAUGGGGAUCUGGAGAAGUUAACUGCAAUGUCCCAAAAGAUGAAGGGCGGUGGAGGGGUGGGAGGAAGAGAUGGACGUGAGGUCCCCAGAGACUCCAACUUUUCUGGUGAUGAGGCACAAAGUGCAGGUUUGGACCAGAGUAUGUAUGCCCAACAGCAAGCCUACAUCAACCAGCAAGCCAUGUUGUUGGCCCAGCAGAUGACUAUGCAGGCCAUGGCUAUUCAGCAACAGAUGGUGAACAAUCCUUCUGCUGAAAUUUCAAUGACCAACAGCUCCGGACCCAGCAUGACAGCCCAGCCUACCCACUCAAAUUCACAACGAGUAACCCCAACAGUAGCACCUAUGCCCAGAACUGGGUCUCCAUUCCAGAAAAAAGUUGUUAAUGGGACUCCAAGUAGGAUACAGAUAUCAACCGCCAGAGAGAGCUCCCAACGUAGACCUGGUCCAUCCAACCCCCACCACCCAGAAGACCUUAUACAACAAUCUGCAAUUAAUUCUGAGCACUUUUCAGAGCCAAGCCACAACAUUAAGGACAUAAUUAAUCGUUAUAAGCAGCCCGGUGCCACCAGGCAACCAGCGCCUGUUGUAAGGAAGCCACCAGCAAAAAUUUUCGGGAGAAAAAUAGAUCCGCACGAAGAGGCCCUAAGUAUCUUGAAGGGGCAGAUGCCGUCCAAACCACUCACUGGACCAACACCAGUAUCCAAUAUGUCCUAUGUGCCCAAGGCGCCUAGAGACACUGUGGCCUUAGUAAAGCCUGUUCCUAGCAUCAAGACAAAGACACCUGUAGCCCAACCACCAGUAAGCCAUGUCAGACCAACUCCUGCACCUACAGUCACUGUGAACCGGGAACUGUCUGAGGAACAGGAGAACAUCCAGACCCAACUGCAUCGCCAGUAUAGUGAAGAGUACUACACAUACACUAAUGUUCCAUGGCGGAUAUAUAUCAGGAAGGAGGUAUUUUACCCUAGAGACAGUUUUAACAACCCCCUGACUCUUGAUCUUAUCUUCAAGCAGAUAAUCAAUGACACCCUCACAGAGAACUGCAUCAGGAUGUCCAAGGAAGAGAGGCAAAAGAUGAGGUCCCUGCUAGCUGAUUUCAGGCUGGACUCCAUCAAUGCCAUUGCUGAUGAAAGUUUGAAAAAAAAGAUUGUCACGGUUGCCAGGGAGGAGCUGGAGGUAUACUUCUCACGCCUUUUCCCAGCUGCGGGAAGCGUGGGCACAGGUGUUCAGUUCCUCGGAGUGUCGCAUGUUGGGAUAAAACUGCUGAAGUUGCUGAAGAGCGGUGGUCCCACCCCUGAGCAGCUCAGAGUGUUAAGAAGCUACAGUUACACGGACAUCAUGUUCGUCACUGUCCUCUCCAAGAACAUGCUGGAGUUCAACCUGACCAAUGAGAAGCUCAUCCUGUUUUCAUCGCGCUCAAGUCAGGUGAAGACCAUGAUAGACUGCUUCCUGAUGGAACUGAAGAAGGAUUCAAACUAUGUUGUUGCAGUGCAAAAUUAUGUGACGGAAGAUAAGUCUUUUCUGAGUUUCCAUAAAGGAGACGUUAUCCGCCUGCAGCCACUAGAUGGACUUAAGAAAGGUCAAAACUAUGGCUGUGUUGUAAGAAAGAAGGUGAUGUAUUUGGAAGAACUUAAACGUGGCACUCAGGACUUUGGAUGGAAGUUCGGUGCCAUACAUAGCCGCGCAGGCCUCUUCCCAGCAGAGUGUGUGCAACCAGUGGCAGCUCCAGACUUUGUCAAUCUCCCAGCAGAUAGGAAGGAAGAGCCACGAAACAGGCAGAGCAGGGCUGCAGCAUCUGCAGCGGUGGCCGUUGCGGUCGCAUCUACGGCUGUUGCUCAUGAAUUCGACAGAAAGAUGGAUGGUUCUCCUACCCCCAGCGAAUACGCAGAGAGUUUGGACGAAUACAUAGACCCCAACACGUCAGAGAUUAUGCUUCAGGGAAGUCCAUACAACAUGAUGGAAUUUGCCCAGAAGUACUUUAGAGAGGGUCAAAGGCUGGCCACACAAUCACAAGAUGAUAAGUCUCAGAAGAUGUCAGGUGACUCUAUUAAACAGAGUUCAAAGAAGACCAAAGAGACCAAAGAUCCAGAGGAAAUGCUGAAAUUCACUAAGACUCCCAUUCAGGAAUCACUCAUUGAAUUCAGUGACGGAAGCAUGAACAGAAUCGCAGCUGAGGUCUUCUCAGGCAUCAUGAAGUUCAUGGGAGAUCUGCCUCUGAAAGGACAGUCUGAAUUGGAUGCCGUCUGUUCUAUCCUAAGGCUCUGUGGGGAACAUGAAGUCAUGAAGGAUGAAGGCUACUGCCAGAUUAUGAAGCAGAUCACGGACAACACCAGCGGCAACACGGACAGCUGCCAGAAAGGGUGGAGGAUUCUCUUCAUCCUUACGGCCUACUAUAAGUGCUCAGAAGUGCUGAAACCAUACCUCUUCAAGUUCCUCCAGGAUACCUGCAGGAGCCCUGGGUUGCACUACCAAGGAAUCGCCAAGGCAUGCGAGCAGAAUCUGCGCAAGACCUUUCAGUACGGAGGGCGCACCGAAUAUCCGAGUGCCAUAGAGCUAAAAGCCAUGGUGGCUGGAAGAAGCUCCAAGCGACAGUUGUUCCUUCUGCCCGGAGGAAUAGAGAGACACCUGAAGAUCAAAACAUGUUCGGUGGCCUUUGAUGUGAUCGAGGAGAUCUGUAUGGAAAUGGGGGUGCACAAGGAGGAAGCCUUCCAGGAAUACGCCAUAUUUGCCGUUACGAACAGGGGGCAGAACGUGAGGCCACUGAACAGAAAGGAAUAUAUCCUGGACGUGUCUGCAGAGAUGGAACAGACCGACAGCAACUACAUGUUCUGGUUCAGGCGCAUUAUCUGGGCGCAGCAGAUGAAAUUCGAGAAUGAGCUGUAUGUGACAAUGCACUAUAACCAGGUGCUCCCAGAUUACCUGAAGGGGUUAUUCAAUGUUGUGGCUCACAUGAAGCCCACCGAGCAGCAGUUCCAACAGAUCUCAAGGCUAGCGGCCCUGCAACACCGGGCUAAAGACAGCGUCUACCUACCCACUGCCCGGGAAGUUCAAGACUACAUCCCCAGCCAGUUCUACAAGGCCCUGAAGCCCCAGUCUUGGCUUAAUAUGGUCAUGCAGCACAUGCAGCAAAUCCAACCUCUCAGCCCCCACCAAGGACGUUCUCAGUUUUUAGGCCUAGUGAGCGCUUUCCCCAUGUUUGGCUCGUCCUUCUUCUACAUCCAGAGCUGCAGCAACAACACCAUCAUCGCCCCCUGCAUCUUGGCCGUCAAUCAGAAUGGACUGAACUUCCUCAACAAGGAAACGCACGAUCUGGUUGUGACAUUCCCACUAAACAACAUCCAGAGCACUAGGACCCAGCGGCCUGCCUCAGGGUUCAGCUACCCGUAUGUUGACAUCAUGCUGGGUGAUGUGACGUCACAGAGAGUUACGCAGCUCCAGCUGGAGCAGGGCCUGGAGCUGUGCAGGGUGGUCGCUACACACAUGGAGAAUCUCCUUCAGAGCCGAGAUAAACGCCUCACCCUCCCACCCAGCGAGAUCACCCUGCUCUGAGCAAUGGUACAACCUGCUGGUCACCAGCCCUACCCUACUGGACACCCACACUCCCCUGGGUCUAGUCUGAGAAAAGUGCCCACUGCUCAGGAUUCAAUGCAGCUAUGGAAAAUGGAUUAUUCUAUCCCCAACAUAAACAAACUUUUUAAAGGAAAACAAUAACCCUUUUUUUCAAGGGUAUUAACCCCUUUUACUGUAUAGAAGGAGCUUCCUAACAAAGGGGAGGGGGUAGUUUAUACAGAGGGCUUCCUCUAUAUAAUUGCUGAACAUCAGUCAUUUCUCUUAUGGUAUUUCUCUGUACAGACUAUGAGCAAACUUAGGUGGCUGUUCCUGCAGAAUUGUGCUUAGUACAAGGGAAUACCAAUGCUGCCAUAG